AUGGCUUCUGACGACGCAACUAUCCGCCACGCGACUCGCGAUGACGUUGAUACCAUUUUCUCCCUAAUUCAUGAACUCGCGGCCUACGAAAAAUCCACCUCCGACGUCGCCGCCACCCCCGAGAUCCUCUCCCGAACCCUCGCCCACUACGACCCUACCACGGACUCCUUCUCCCAAGGCUACGCCCGCACCUUCCUCCUCGUCGCCCCCGACUCCUCAAACACCGUGGUUGGGAUGGCUCUCUACUUUUACAACUUCUCAACCUGGACCGGUAUCCCUGGCGUCUACCUCGAAGACCUCUUCGUCAAGCCCGAAUAUAGGGGCAAAGGGUACGGCAAGGCGCUCAUCAAGGCUUGCGCGAAGGAGAGUAUCAGGCUCGGGGGUUCGCGGAUGGACUGGACUUGUUUGGCGUGGAAUGAGCCUAGUCUGAAGUUUUAUGAGAGCUUGGGCGCGAAGAGGAAGGAUGAUUGGGUCGGGUUGAGAGCAGAGGGGGAGGCGCUGAAGCGGUUGGCUGAAAGUUGAUUC